UGCGAAAAUAGAGAAGAUGCUCUUUAUUUUUGAUAAAUAGGGAAGUGUUUUAGAUUCUUUUAUUCACUUUGCCUCCUUUCACUGAGCUGAUAAAAACAAUUAUCAAAUCUAACGGAGUACGGAGGCAGUCACAGGUGGAAAUUCCAGCCUCUAGGCAGUCCAAUGAUCAGUAGCUCGGAGGUUCAGCGUAAACUACUGGCAAGAAAUGCCAGCAGGACGGUCAAUCGUCACGAUUUUUCCGAGGAUUUUGUGUUCGGAACUGCAACAUCGGCUUAUCAGCACGAAGGUGCCACUGCAGAAGAUGGUAGGGGCCCGAGUAUAUGGGAUACUUUCACACUGAAGACACGCGGGAGAGUGAAGGACAAUAGUAAUGCAAAUGUAUCUGUUGACACGUAUCAUCGGUACAAGGAGGAUGUGAAGUUGAUGAAGAAAAUAGGUUUAAAUGCCUAUAGAUUUUCAAUUUCAUGGUCUAGAGUACUGCCAGGUGGAAGCUUAGAUGCUGGCGUGAACAAACAAGGCAUCAAGUACUACAAUAAUCUCAUAGACACGCUACUGGCCCAUGGCAUUGAGCCAUAUGUGACUCUCUUUCAUUGGGAUCUUCCCCAAGCCUUAGAAUAUGAGUAUGGUGGCUUCGUAUCCCCUCAAAUCAUCAAAGAUUUUUGUGCGUUCGCGAGUCUCUGCUUUUGGGAAUUCGGUGAUCGGGUAAAGCAUUGGAUUACACUCAAUGAUCCAUGGACCUUCUGUUUUGGAGGAUAUGUAAUGGGUACAAUGGCACCUUGGCGAGGUUCUUCUUCGGCAGGGCAUGUAAAAGGUAGCAUUGCUUUUCAAAGACAUACUCAUGGCUGUGCAUGCAUUUGCCACAACGGGAAUCCAGGCACAGAACCAUAUUUGGUAGCACACAAUAUGCUCCUUGCUCAUGCAGCAGCAGUUGAUUUGUACAAAGAAAAAUUUCAGCAACUUCAAGAAGGGAAGAUAGGGAUCACGCUUUUCUCAAAAUGGUUUGAGCCGCUGUAUGACAAUGAGCUCGAUGAAGAAGCUGCCACAAGAGCAUUUGAUUUUAUGUUAGGAUGGUUUCUGGAACCAUUAACAUCUGGGGAGUAUCCAGAAAGUAUGAUUAAACUGGUUGGAUCUCGUCUUCCCUUAUUUUCAACAGAAGACUCAAAGCUGGUUAAAGGAUCCUAUGAUUUUUUAGGAUUGAAAUAUUACACAGCUACUUAUGUGAAAAGUGAAUCUAACUCACAUGGUCUAGAAGUAAGCUACACUACGGAUCCCCAAGUUACAUACACAACGGAUGCACUCUUUGAAUUUUUGGUAGGUAAAGAAGUACCAAUUGGUCCAAAGGCUGCUUCAGACUGGUUAUACAUUUAUCCACAAGGGAUUUUCAAGCUCCUAGUUUAUAUAAAGGAUGUAUAUAAUGUUCCCCUUAUUUACAUCGCAGAGAAUGGGGUGGAUGAAAUGAACAAUACGAGUCUCACAGUUUCUGAGUCUCGGGUGGAUGACAUAAGAAUUAAGUAUCACCAGGAUCAUCUAUUAUAUAUUCGAUAUGCAAUUAUGGCUGGUGUAAACGUAAAGGGUUACUUCAUUUGGUCACUGUUUGAUGGUUUUGAAUGGAGUCAGGGAUACACGGUUCGAUUUGGCAUUUUUCAUGUGAACUUCAAAGACGAUUUAGCUAGAUUCCCGAAGAACUCAGCUCUAUGGUUGAUGAACUUUCUUAACAGAAAACUUGCUAAAGGUCGGAUGAAGAGACAGAUUGAAGGCCGCGAAGAACACAAUCCCGCGAAAAGGCUAAGAACUCGUUGAGUUCAAAUCUGUUAUUUUAGUACCUUUUACUUGCUUUUUUGCCGACAUUUUUUCACCUCGUUUCUAGUUUCUUUAAAUGGAGCAUAAUGGUGAUGCAAAUUGGAGCUAUGAUUGGAAAUAUUUAUGUAUUAUGCAGAUUACAUAUUGUAAAUUUCUAUUUGUUGGAUUAUUUAUUUGCUCUUUUCAAUCA